GGUAAUCUAUUCUAUAGUCCCAUCGUUUGCGGGACUUAAAACAAAUCAAACCUGAAUUUAAUUAAUUAAUAGGUUUAUUUGUGAAUAUUUACUUCGGCGUUACAUAAAAACCCAACCUAAGAAAACUCUUAUCAGCAGAGAGAUGGUUGAAGAAGAGGAGGAAAUAGUAGCAGCAGCUGUUAAUGCCGCAGAAGAAGACGACGACGACGAUGACGGGCCACCGCCUGGAUUUCAGUGCAUCCUAACUCUACAGCCACCGCCGCCAGAGAACGACGACGAAGAAGAGGAUGGCCCACCGCCUGGAUUCGACUUCGUCGCCCCCAAACCCCUUCCAUUGCUUCCGUCUUCUGAUAUGGAAAGCAGCAAAAAAGAUGACAUGGACGACGAUGAUGAUGAUGAUGAUGGGCCACCACCUGGAUGGGAGUUUGGUAAAAUUGUAAAUGCAUUGCCAAACACAACAUCAGGGCUGUCGUCGCCAGCUACACCUCCACCACAGCAGCUACCAUCAUCAGAACAGCCUUCUGAUAUAAAGGAGGAGAGCAACGAAGAAUUAGAUGAAGGCCCACCACCUGGGUGGGAGUCAGUGCUGCCGUGUCAGAUGCCACAACCACAAACACCACCCCUGCAGCCGCCAUCAACAGUUUCUUCCAAUAGUGAGAUGGGAAGCAAACAAAAAACUGUAGAAAUGGACAAUGAAGUGCCUCAAUCAGAGUCAGAACAGACGCCCACACCAGGGUGGUCGUCGCCAGCUACACCUCCACCACAGCAGCUACCAUCAUCAGAACAGCCUUCUGAUACAGGAAACAAAGAAGAAGAAAAAAAGAAUGAGGAGAAGAGACCUACAUCUGUGCACCAGCCUACAUCUCCUCGUCAGCAGCUUCAGUCAUCUCCUCUUCAGCAGCUUCAGUCAAAUCCACGCCCAUUGAUGCCUGCGCCUAAAUCAUCAUCUUCUGCGGAAAAAGCUCAGCUAGUUUGUGGUACUUGCCGAAAACUAUGUCUGUAUCCGCAAGGAGCAAAGUGGAUUAGAUGCCCAGGAUGCCAGGAAGUCAAUUUUGUCCUAGAAGCUCAUGAAGUCGGCCAAGUAAAGUGUGGAGGUUGUGCAGUGUUGCUUAUGUAUCCACAUGGAGCACCAGCAGUUGAAUGCUCUUCCUGCCGUUUUGUGACAGAAAUCGGGGCACACAAUAGGCGGCCUCCUCUUUCCUUUCAGCAGGCUCAAGCUCGAGAUCAGAGAAGACAGCGUCGCUCUGCCCCAGUCCGGUAGCCUGCUUUUGGUUUCUAUUAUUGGCCAUAGCCUAGGACUUUGAUAUAUUAGGGUACCAUCUUCAACUGUUAAUCAUACAUGCUCUAAUUUUGUUGUAUAUAUCUUAUAACACUAUUUUCCUUAUCAAUGUGGAGUAAUGUGCUAAAA